ACACGGCGGCGGCAUACCGCAGCCGCACCAGCUGGGAGCUGCUCCGUGGCCUGCUCGUGCUGCGUCUGUGCGCCCUGGAGCCGCUCCUGCAGAGACAGCAACAGCUGCUCACAAUCUCCCAGAAGCUGCUGGGCCAGCGGCUGUUUGAUGCCUUGAUGAAGAUGACCUUCUAUGGGCACUUUGCAGCCGGUGAGGAUGAGGAGGCCAUCAAGCCUCUGCUCCGCCACAACCAGGCCUUUGGGGUCAGCUGCAUCCUGGAUUAUAGCGUGGAGGAGGACAUCAGCCAGGAGGAGACCGAGGAAAAGGAGACAGACUCCUGUGCGGUGGCCACAGAGAGAGAUGGCAGUGGAACCGGCAAGAGAGGGAAGCAGUUCCGGGUCCAUCAGGGCUUUGAGGACCAGAGGGAUGGCACCGUCAGAGCCCACACCUACUUCUAUGCCAACGAGGCCAAGUGUGACGGUCACAUGGAGACCUUCCUGCGGACUAUUGAAGCUUCUGGCAGUGCCACCGAAGACAGUUUCUGUGCCAUCAAGUUCACCGCGCUGGGUCGGCCCCAGUUCUUGAUGCAGCUCUCCGAAGUGCUGACCAAGUGGAGACAGUUCUUCUACCAGAUUGCGGCCCAGCAAGGCCAGGCAGGGCUUCCAGCCACGGAGACCAAGCUGGAGGUGGCAAUGCUGCAGAAAAGCCUGGAGAACAUGGGCAUUGCUGUGAACACCGACUUCCAGAGCUGGUUCACGGAGGAGAUGCAGGGGCUGUCCGGCACCGUGGACUUGCUGAACUGGAACAGCCUCAUCGACAACAGGACCAAGUUCUCCAAGCUCCUCCUCGUGCCCAACAUGCAGACUGGCCAGCUGGAGCCCCUCCUGGCUCACUUCACAGAGGAGGAAGAUCUUCAGCUGAAGAGGAUCCUGCACAGGACAGAGGUCUUAGCCAAGAGGGCCAGGGAGGUCGGGGUGCGCCUGAUGAUGGACGCGGAGCAGACAUACUUCCAGCCAGCCAUCAGCCAUCUCACCGUGGAGCUGCAGCGCAAAUUUAACACUGAGAAGCCGCUGAUCUUUGGCACGCACCAGUGCUACUUGAAGGACGCCUAUGACAACGUGUCGCUGGACGUCGAAUUGGCCCGUCGAGAAGGCUGGUGUUUCGGCACCAAGCUGGUAAGGGGGGCCUACAUGACGCAGGAACGUGACCGAGCAGCAGCAUUGGGCUAUGAGGACCCCAUCAACCCAACCUAUGAGGCCACCAGCACAAUGUACCACAGGUGCCUCAGCUAUGUCCUAGAAGAGAUCAAGCACCACAACCAGGCCAACGUGAUGGUGGCCUCUCACAACGAGGACACAGUCAAGUUUGCCAUCCAGAGGAUGAGAGAGAUGGGCCUCCAUCCCUCAGAGAAGAAGGUGUCCUUUGGUCAGCUCCUGAGCAUGUGCGAUCACAUCAGCUUCCCCCUGGGUCAAGCAGGCUUUCCAGUCUACAAAUACGUCCCGUUCGGCCCCGUGAAGGAAGUGCUGCCAUACCUGUCCCGGCGCGCCCUGGAGAACCGCGGGAUCAUGAAGGGGGUGCAGCGAGAGCGGAAGCUGAUGAGGACGGAGCUCAAGCGGAGGCUGUUCAGCGGCAACUUCUUCUACCGCCCCAAGGCCUGCUGAGGCCCAGCUGGGCCUGGAAGCUGGCACCCCACCCCCUCCCCGGCCAUCAGGCAAUCCACAAGCUUUGGUUAAGCUGUACCAGUGCCAAGCCCUCGGGGGCUCCCGAUCUAAUGGGCCAGACAACAAGGAAGUAACUGGGUGUAGACAAGAGACGUCUGUCCAAGCAUUUCCUGAGCAUUAGGCUCUGAGCACCAGGGCUCCUGCCCUCUGGGAGCCUACACUGGAAGGGAGAGACCUGGAGAUGACAGGGUCUGUCCUGGGCAGAGGAGGGGGUGGCCAGGAGGCAGGGGGUCCAGCAGGGCAGCCCCUGGGGUCUGCGCAGCUCACUGUCCAAGGCCUUGGCUUCCGUGGGCCAUCAGUGUCCCCACUCACCACAGCAGCCCGAAGCCCGGCUUCCCACCUGAACCCUGGCACCUUCCCUUCUCUCCCUCUUUUCCUCCUCUCCCUCCCUCCUUCCUUCUCUUCCUCCCUCCUUCCUUCUCUCCCUCCCUCCCUCCCUUCUCCCUCCUGUGGCUGAGGCUUCUUAAAGGCUGUGGAGGCUGAGCCGUUUUUCCUGGCCUUUCUGGGUGUCAGAGGUGGGAUUCACAGCAUGCCCAGCCCCCUUCCAGAAGAGGGAGAGCUGGGGGGCAGCAGGGCUGUUGUCUGCCACACUGUGCUGCCUCUGGCCCUCCACGCUCCCACUGCCCAUAAAGCGUGGAGGUCAGUGUACCUCCCAAAGGCUUCCAAGCAUUCCUGGGUUCAUGAGCUGAGCCCGAGGUCACUAAAAUGUCUGUGCCACCAUGUUUGGUUGUGGGGACGGCUGCUGGAUGGAGAGACUCAGACAUGGGGAGGUGAGCAGACAUCCUUGGAGGCAAGGCUGGUCAGAGAUGGUGCCCACCAAGACCAGAGAAGCCACAGAAAGUAAUCUGUGGGGAAGGUGCUAGAUGAAGUCCACAAUGACCACAUGCUUGUCACUGGGUGAGGGUAUGGGGCGGGAGGCAGCCUGACUGUUGUGGGGCACUCACACUUGACCUGUGGCAGGCUUAGAAGCCCAGGGGUGGCCAUGACCGGCUCUCCUUAGGGAUAUGGGGCAGGGGGUGGGCUGAGCAAGAGACCAUGUCCAUCUCCUGGCCAACCUCCUGACUCCUGAACAACCUACCUUAACCUAACCUAAGCUGAAGCAGCCCUGAUUAAAAGUAUUGCUAUACCUUC